AUGUCGUCAGCGCUUCUUCGCACAACGCCCAUUGUGAGGGCUGGCUUCCGCGCCGCUAAGCCAAUCGCCAUGGCUAGCACCAGCUUCGUCCGCGGCAAGGCUACUCUGCCCGAUCUCCCUUAUGACUAUGCCGCCCUCGAGCCCUACAUCUCCGGCCAGAUCAUGGAGCUGCACCACUCCAAGCACCACCAGACCUAUGUAAACAGCUUCAACGCCGCUACCGAAGCCCUAGCCGAGGCGCAGUCCAAGAACGACACCAAGGCUGCUGCUGCGCAGGCUCCUCUUCUGAACUUCCACGGUGGUGGCCACGUCAACCACUCGCUCUUCUGGGAGAAUCUUGCUCCCAAUGGCAAGGGUGGUGGUGGUGCGCCCGAGGGCAAGCUUUUGACCGCCAUCAACGAGGAUUUCGGAUCUUUCGAAAACUUGAAGAAGCAGACCAACGCUGCUCUUGCUGGCAUCCAGGGCUCUGGCUGGGCUUGGCUCGUCAAGGACAAGACGUCUGGUACCCUUGGUCUCGUCACCCGAGCUAACCAGGAUCCCAUCACUGGCAAUCUGGAGCCUCUCCUGGGUAUUGAUGCCUGGGAGCAUGCCUACUACUUGCAGUACCAGAACCGCAAGGCCGAGUACUUCAGUGCCAUCUGGGAGGUUGUUAACUGGGGCACUGUCUCUAAGAGAUUCGAGAAAUAG